AUGGCAUCAGUCUACGUCGAGGGGGGAGAUACCUCGGUAUUGGACGACGCGUGCGAUCACCUGAGAAAGGCAGUUGCAAAGGUGCGGCGAGACACGGGCGCUGUGGUGGAGGUCAUGGUUGUGGGAGACUUUAACCGCCAUGAUCAACUCUGGGGAGGAGACGAGGUGUCCCUGGGAAGACAGGGCGAAGCGGAUCUAAUCAUUGACCUCAUGAACGAGUUUACUCUUAGUAGCUUACUCAAACGAGACUCAAUGAUCAAGUGUGCGAUACAUGGGACAGAGUACGGCUCGGAUCACCGUGCCAUUGAGACUGUGUUCGAUGCACCGUGGUCAGCCCCAAAGCAUCAGGAACGACUUCUGCUGAAGAACGCACCAUGGAACGAGAUCAAUGCUAGAAUCGCGAGUACUCUGACCGCUACUCUGUCGGGAGGCACGGUGCAGCAGAAGACUGACCGACUUAUGACGGCGGUCAGCGAGGCGGUGCAUGCUUUGACUCCAAAGGCAAAACCGUUACCACACGCGAAACGAUGGUGGACAGCCGACUUAACACAGCUGCGCUAUAUAUAUACAUACUGGCGAAAUCAUGCUCGCUCGGAGCGCCGGGCGGGACGAAAAGUACCGCACCUGGAAAAGACAGCCCAAAAUAACGAUAACAUCUGGAAAGCCGCUAAAUACCUAAAGUCGGGAGAGGACGCAGCAUUCGGGAAGCUACCGCAGCUCGUCAGAGCAGACGGGACUACCACCACGGAUUAUCAAGAGCAAGCAGAAGAGCUGCUGUCCAAAUUCUUUCCCCCUCUACCUGACGUUAUUAACGACAAGGGGACCAGACCACAAAGAGAGCCGGUCGAAGCGUUCUGCUCGGAACGAACGGCGACCAUCCAAAUCAAUGGGCAAGUAUCGGAGGUCCAGAGCCUUCCACAGGCUGGCCUACCUCAGGGCUCGCCCCUGUCCCCGAUCCUAUUCCUCUUCUUUAAUACAGACCUCGUACAAAGACAGAUCGACAGCCAGGGCGGAGCGAUAGCGUUCGUGGAUGAUUUUACCGCAUGGGUGACCGGGCUAACCGCCCAGAGCAACCGGGAAGGCAUUAAAGCAAUUAUCAAUAAAGCACUCGACUGGGAGAAAAGGAGCGGAGCGACUUUUGAAGCAGACAAAACAGCCAUCAUACACUUUGCUCCCAAGGCUUACAAAUUGGACCAGGGGCCUUUCACUAUCAAGGGACAAACUGUUGAGCCCAAGGACUAUGUCAAGAUCUUAGGCGUCCUUAUGGACACGAAACUUAAGUACAAGGAACAUAUUGCGAGGGCAGCAUCCAAGGGCCUGGAGGCCGCGAUGGAGCUCCGUCGACUUCGGGGUUUAUCCCCAGCGACAGCGCGGCAGCUAUUUACAUCGACAGUGGCGCCGGUCGUAGACUACGCGUCUAAUGUCUGGAUACACGCAUACAAGGAUAAGGCCAUAGGGCCGAUAAACCGCGUCCAAAGGGUAGGAGCGCAGGCGAUUGUAGGAACAUUCCUCACAGUUGCGACCAGUAUAGCAGAGGCGGAGGCCUACCUUACCACUAUUCAACACCGUUUCUAG